GAAGAAAUUUUAAACUUAGCUUGGAUAUUUAACUUGGAUACCAAGUCUCGUCUCUUCUCGGCUGUCAGUUUCAUCCUUCUUCUUCGCGAGUUCAGCUCCUUCUUGAUUUUAUGGCUAAGCUGGAAGCCAAGCUGGGGAUGAUGAUCGACUCCAUCGGUAACUUCUUUUCCGGUAGAGAUCAGCUGCCUUGGUGUGAUCCUGACAUAGUCGCUGCAUGUGAAAGAGAGGUUGCUGAGGCUGGCUCAGAUGACUCUAUGAAGGAAUGCCUCUUGCGUUUAUCAUGGGCCCUUGUUCACUCAAGACGACCAGAAGAUGCACAACGUGGGAUAGCAAUGCUUGAAGCAUCUUUACCUGGUACAACUGACCCACUGCUACAGAGGGAGAGGCUAUAUCUUCUGGCUGUUGGGUAUUACAGAAGUGGUGAUUAUUCAAGGAGUAGGGAUCUUGUGGAUAGAUGUCUAUUGAUUGCUCCUGACUGGAGGCAGGCAGUGACGCUUAAGAAGAUAAUUGAAGACAGAUCACAAAAGGUUUCCCCGCAACUAAGAUUUCCUUAAAUAUUUCCUGCGUUUCUUGUUAUUUUGGUGAUGGAAUCAUGAUAUAGGGUGUCCUUAAGUUUUGUGGGAGGCAAUCUCCUUCCUUGGCUAUAUUAGUUGCACACUACCUCAUUCUCUUACUCUUAUGGUUUAGUGGUUCUAGAUCCAUAAGGAGAAAUUCUUGCGUAGAUAUAUUGCACAACCCUGGCUGUGCAAGGAGCCAAUGAGAAUUCACCAAUUUUCCACAUGCAGGGAUUUGGUUACAAACUUAUUAUUCUGAUAUUCUUUUAGCUCCUUGCAUCAACUUUUGCCAUGCAAGAAGUACAUAAAAAUUUCUGAGUUAGAAGUGAGGGGUUUUUGUUAUUGAUUUGAUUUCCGCGCUGAUUUUGUCUGUUAUGUCCCUCCUCCCUUGUAGAUGGUGUCAUUGGCCUUGGCAUUGCUGCAACUGCUGUAGGACUUGUAGCAGGUGGGAUAGCAGCAGCAGUAUCAAGAAAGAAGUGACAGAGUCCUUUUCAGUCACUCAAUGUUCAAGAAAUGUAAUAUCUGCCGCCUCUUUUUGCUUAAUAAUCAAUAAGAAGUGGAAGAAAUGAUAUGUAUGAUCUCACUGUUUGACUGAUCCUGCUGCUGAGAUAUGUGUUGUGCGUGUAUGUGUAUAGAUGUUUCUUUUAUAUUUGACGAAGUUUACUUUUAGUCCC